UGGAAGUAACUGAGCUAAGGCUGGAAUAGUGGGGAUUGAGAAAAUGAAUGACUCGGAAGAAGAUACUGCAGCAGCAGUUUGUAGAGACCUUCUUUCUGCCCCCUGCUCAGGCAUCCAGGGCAGGUGAAACAUCCAGAUACACAGGACCCUUUGGUUGUGCCAUCUUGGUUCACUCCUUGCUGCCACCACUAGAUGGGCACUCAUCUGUUUCCUGGGACACGGAUCUAGGGCUCUCUCCAAUUCCUCCCAGGGUCUCCAGCAUGAUUCCUUCUCUCUCUUUGCACCCGGCGCAGAACAAAUAGACCAGUGAGAGGACAGCAUGCAGAUAGCAUAUCUCUCAUAUAAUUUACCUAAUCAGGUUGCUUGCUUACUUAUUCAUUUAAUAAACAUGUAUGGAUUCCUUUCCAACCCGGGCAGGGCAGGAUGGCUCCCACAAAGAAGGGUGGUGAGAAGAAGAAGGGCCGCUUCACCAUCAACGAGGUGGUGACCAGAGAAUACACCAUCAACAUUCACAGGUGCUUCCACGGAAUGGGUUUCAAGGAGCGUGCCUCUCGGGCACUCAGAGAAAUCCGGAAAUUUGCAGUGAAGGAGACGGGAACUCCAGAUGUACGCAUUGACGCCAGGCUCAACAAAGCCAUCUGGGCCAAAGGAAUAAAGAAUGUUCCAUACCGUAUCCAUGUGCAGUUGUCCAGAAAGUAUGAUGACGAUGAAGAUUCACCAAACAAGUUCUAA